AUGACUGUUGAAAAAUUUAGAAAAGCAGCCACCUUAAUUCUUACGACCCCGCUGAAGCAUAAAGUGUAUCCGUGCGACUAUGGUGUGGUUAUGCUCAAGCGUUCUGCGAAGCUUCGUUUUAUGGCAUCAACCUAUGUGUUUCCUGGCGGAGCAAUUUCUUCUAUUGACGGAGACUCAAAGUGGAUGGAGUUCUUCCCUCCAUCGACAAUUGGCGAGCUGACUCCACCGAGUGCAAGGAGCGUUCCACGACCGAAACUAUUCCGAUCCGAUCGGGAAGAAGCGGUUUCAAGAGACUUAUCGCUUAGGAUUUCGGCGAUAAGAGAGUGCUUCGAAGAGUCAGGAAUCCUUCUUGUUGAGAAAGAUGGAAAUCUUAUUCAAGGAAAACACCUGCCGUCUAAAAGCGAAAUAUCAAAGUGGCGGAAAUCAGUAGAAGGCUCAGCGUCUGAAUUCUUAACGCUAUGCAAUGAGUUAAAUGCGCGUCCGCUUGUUGAAAAUCUCUACGAGUGGUCUCACUGGCUUACUCCCCCCUCAAUCCUCCCCUAUCGUUUCGACACUGCCUUUUAUUUAUCCUCAAUUCCAUUUCUGCCUGAUUAUGCAACCGAAGAUGGCGGAGAAACUGUAGACAUGCAGGUUAUGAACCCGUUCGAAGCACUUGCGAAGCAAGAAAGGUCUGAACACAUUCUUCAUCCUCCUCAAUUUGUGGAGAUUUCCCGACUAGCAAGGUUCCAGAAGAUGGACGAUCUAUUAGAAUAUGCAGAAAAACGACAAAUGCUUGGGACAAAUUGCUGGUGUCCUGUUCAGCGUUGGACGGACAGCGCUCGACUUUCGCUGAUGGAGAGUGACGAGCUGCAUCCGCUCGAGCUAAAAUUGUUCGGAGAUGUUGAAGGAACUACAGACGAUUCAGAGGAAGAGCUAGCAUCUGAAGCCCACAAACUGGCUCGCACAGUUUGGACUUUCACACAAUCAGACGAGAAAGGUUUCAAAAUGGGACCGAUGUUUACGCGAUCCAACCAGCAGUUCUUCAGCAAUAAAACGAUGGUAAACUCGGCUAUGGAUCGAAGUGAAUUAUUAGCAAGAAUAGAAGCAGCUGAGAACGGAGAAUUUUUGGAUGCAAACGAUGCAAGUGAUGAAAUUCUCAAGAAAAUACGUGAUUUGUAA